AUGUUCUUCAAUGACGAAAGGGAAGUAGAAGGAGGAUUUGACAUUGUGAACAUGGUCACAUACGCAAACAGGUCAUUCCAGAGAGUGAAGGCUGGAAGUGUGAGUCCCAAAGACCUCGGAGGAAAAGAAUUCAUCAUUAAUGAAGAUAUAAUAAUGUGGCACAGAACAUUUAACCAGAUGCUUCCUGUUUCCGUGUGUAAUGACUACUGCCCCCCUGGUUAUCAGAAGAAAAAGAAGGAAGGGGAUAAAUUUUGCUGCUAUGACUGUGAGCAAUGCCCUGAUGGGAAGAUUUCAAACCAGAUUGACAUGAGCUACUGUUUGAACUGCCCAAAACAUCAAUAUUCCAACAUGAAGAGAGACGGAUGCAACCCAAAAAUAAAAAGCUUUCUGUCUUAUGAAGAACCUUUAGGGAUCAGUUUAGCCUCCCUUGCUAUUUCUUUUUCCUUGAUUACAGUGUGGGUGUUGGGAACCUUUAUUAAGUACAGAGAAACCCCCAUUGUCAAAGCCAACAACAGGGACCUCACCUACACUCUCCUGUUCUCCCUUUUGCUCUGUUUCCUCUCAUCUUUGAUGUUCCUGGGCAAACCUGGGAAAGUGACCUGUCUUCUUCGUCAACCAUCUUUUGGCAUCGUCUUCUCAGUGGCUGUUUCUUGCUUGCUGGCAAAGACUACCAUUGUUUCUUUAGCAUUUAUGGCCACAAAGCCCGGAUCCAGAAUGAAGAAAUGGGUGGGGGGGAACCUGUCCAACUCUAUUGUCCUUUCCUGCUCUCUUAUUCAAGCCAGUAUUUGUACUAUGUGGUUAGCAACUUCUCCGCCAUAUCCUGAUUUAGACAUGCUCUCGGUAACAGAAGAAAUCAUUAUGCAAUGCAAUGAAGGGUCAGUCGCCAUGUUUUACUGUGUCCUCAGCUACAUGGGCCUCCUAGCCAUUGCUAGUUUCGUUGUGGCAUUCCUAGCCCGCAAGUUACCUGAUAGUUUUAAUGAAGCCAAGUUCAUUACCUUCAGUAUGUUGGCAUUUUGCAGUGUGUGGGUUUCAUUCCUUCCAACUUACCUGAGUACCAGAGGGAAAUACAUGGUGGCUGUGGAGAUUUUCUCCAUUUUGGCCUCCAGUGCUGGUUUACUGAGUUGCAUAUUUUCACCAAAAUGCUACAUAAUUUUGUUCAGGCCAGAGCUUAACAGCAAGGAGCAACUAAGGAAAAGAUAA